UUUUUAUUGUGCAUUUGCAUAAUAAUCUUGUUUCUAGUCACCAGAAAGCAUUAAAAAGCAAAGCGUACCGGAAAAAUGUCCUGUUUUCGUUUAGCCACUGCCGUCACACGACCGCUUCAGCUAAACAGCACCUCUCCUAAUGCUUUCCGUCACGUUCAAAUUGCACGCCGACAACUAACUACUUUCAGCAAAAAGAAAAGCGGAAAUGGAACGUUCAAACUGGCAUUGCUCGGGGCAGGAGUGGGGGCUGCAACGGGAUCGAUCUAUACCAUAUAUUCCAAUAUAAAUGACAGAAAUUCGCACAAGGAGCACGAACACAUGCCACCCAAAGUUAUUGGGGAGCUACCGGAUGUGCGCAUAACUAAACGCUUUGUAAACCCUAAGGAUACUUCCGGACUGGAGAUUGUGCUCUUUCAGUUUCAGACGUGUCCAUUUUGCUGCAAAGUGCGAGCAUACCUGGACUAUAUGGGUAUCUCCUAUUCUGUUGUCGAGGUAGAUGCAGUCCUGCGGCAAGAUAUUAAAUGGUCUUCUGUGAAGAAAGUUCCAAUGGUUCUGAUACGGCAGCGUGAUGGCCAGUAUGUGCAAAUGAGCGAUUCCAGUGCAAUUAUUUCACUUAUAGCGACUUAUCUAAAUGACAACCGCAAGGACAUUGGGGACUUAGCCCAGUUUUAUCCCCAAAUAUCUUAUUUCGAUGAUGAUGGCAAGAAGAGGCAGGAUAUUUUAAACAAGUACUUCCUUAUGUAUCAGGACCGCACACCUAAGAACCUCACAAAAGAAAUUGAAGAAAAUGAACGAAAAUGGCGCAACUGGGCUGACAAUCAUUUGGUACACCUUAUAUCUCCGAACUGUUACCAAACAUUAGGUGAGAGCCUGGAAACUUUUGAAUAUUUCUCCCAGGCUGGAGAAUGGGACAUUCACUUUCCCAAAUGGGAGCGUGACUUAAUGGUCUAUUGCGGUGCGGUUGCAAUGUGGGGUAUAAGUAAAAUUUUAAAACGUCGACAUGCACUUAGCGAUGACGUCAGAUCGCAUAUUUAUGACGCAUUAGAUAAAUGGACAAGGGAGCUACAGAAAAAAAAAUCUAGGUUCAUGGCAGGAAAGCAGCCGGGCUUAUCUGAUCUAUCAGUGUAUGGCGUUUUAAGCAGUAUGGAGGGAUGCCAAGCCUUUAAAGAUUGCCUUCAAAAUACUGGAAUAGGCAAAUGGUUCUAUGAUGUCAAGGAAGUCGUGCAGAAAAACCGAGGACAAUUACGCAGAGAACGUUUAGAAGGUAUCGCGCCUAUGUCUUAGGAAAACUUAAAUAUAUACUUAUUGUGAAAAUACACCCAAAGUUUGUUAGACAUACGUUAUUUUCAAUAAAUCAUUUCAUAGUUCAAA